AUGUCAUUCACCCUGUGCCGCACCCAACUGCGCCGCCUGGAGCAUGCGUAUCACCUAGCUCGUGGACUGAGCACCGUCCAACACGCCAGCAUAGCCCCUCGCCGCUGUUCUGCCAUCCCGCGCCGCUGUUCCUCCGCCCUCCAACCCUCACCAGCGCCGCUAGGGCCUGACGUGCUUCCAACAAGUCACCGCGGCGACAAUCCCCCCUUCCGCCCGCCCACCCGCAAGUCACCCUCCCUCCUCGCCCGCCGCACAUACACCACCGCCAUGGCCGAGCCCGUAAACAGCCGCGCCGCCCUCCCCGAGCGCUUGGCCGAGAAGAUGGAGCGCCCGGCGCUCGACGACCGCACCUAUCGCGUCAUCCGCCUGCCGAACAAGCUGGAGGUCCUGCUCAUCCAUGACCCGGACACCGACAAGGUCAGCGCUGCCAUGGACGUCAACGUGGGCAGCUUCAGCGACGCCGACGACAUGCCCGGCAUGGCGCACGCUGUGGAACAUCUCCUGUUCAUGGGCACCAAGAAGUACCCCAAGGAGAACGCGUACAACCAGUACCUGACCGCCCAUUCCGGCCACUCGAACGCCUUCACUGCCUCCACAUCGACCAACUACUACUUCGAAGUCGCCGCACAGUCCAAGACGCCGCCCACGAGCGAGAACUCGUCGGCUGCGAGCAGCCGCGUGGACCUGUCCACCAGGGCCGGUUCGCCGUUGUACGGCGCGUUGGAUAGAUUCGCUCAGUUUUUUGUCGAGCCGCUUUUCCUCGAGGGCACGUUGGACAGGGAGCUGAAGGCGGUGGAUUCGGAGAACAAGAAGAACCUGCAGAGCGAUACUUGGAGGCUGCACCAACUAAACAAGACUCUUUCAAACCCCAAACACCCCUUCUGCCAUUUCUCUACCGGCAGUUACAAGACGCUCCAUGACGAGCCUCUGGCGCGCGGCGUCAAGAUCCGGGAUGAGUUCAUUAACUUUUACGAGAGAAACUAUUCGGCGAAUCGCAUGAAGCUUGUAGUUCUGGGACGCGAGGGCCUGGAUGAUCUGGAGUCUUGGGUCUCGGAGCUGUUUUCAGAAGUCAAGAACAAGGAUCUGCCGCGCAACAGAUGGGAUGGCGUUCAGCCCUUCACUGAAAACGAGCUUCUCACCCAAGUGUUUGCUAAGCCUGUAAUUGACAUGCGCAACAUCGACCUCUAUUUCCCCUACCGCGAUGAGGAGGAGCUCUAUGAGUCGCAGCCCGGUCGUUACCUCAGCCAUAUGAUUGGUCACGAAGGACCCGGUAGUAUCCUGGCUUACAUCAAGGCGAAGGGCUGGGCGAGCGGACUGGGGGCUGGGCCGGUCCCUCUUUGCCCCGGCUCGGCCUUCUUCAGCAUCUCCGUCCGCUUGACUGAAGAUGGCCUCAAGAAUUACAGAGAGGUCGUCAAAACUAUAUUCCAGUACAUUGCGAUGCUUAACGAGCACGAGCCUAAGGAAUGGAUUUUCGACGAGAUGAAGCGCAUGAGCGAAGUUGAUUUCCGCUUUAGACAGAAGAGCCCGGCUAGCAGCACAGCCAGCUCUCUCAGCGGCAUCAUGCAGAAGCCCUACCAGCGCGAUCACCUACUCAGCGGGCCUGCACUGAUUCGUAAAUUCAACCCGGAGGCCGUCAAGGCAGGUCUCGCCUGCCUGCGGCCCGACAACUUCCGCCUGACCAUCGUCAGCCAAGAAGUCCCCGGCGAAUGGGACCAGAGGGAAAAAUGGUACGGCACCGAGUACAAGUCAGAGAAGAUUCCGCAGGACUUCCUUGCAGCCAUCAACGAAGCGGCAAAAGGCACUGCAAGCACACGCCCGGCGGAGCUUCACCUUCCCCACAAGAACGAAUUCAUCCCGACGAGACUUGAGGUCGAGAGAAAGGAUGUGGAUGAACCCAUGCUUGCGCCCAAGCUGAUCCGCAACGACUCCAAGGUUCGUCUCUGGUACAAGAAGGACGAUCGCUUCUGGGUGCCAAAGGCAAACGUUCACGUCACGCUUCGUACCCCACUUGUCAGAUCGACCCCCCAGGCUGCUGUUAUGGCGUAUCUCUACAAGGACUUGGUCGAAGAUUCGCUGGUUGAGUAUUCUUACGAUGCCGAGCUUGCUGGCAUCGCGUAUCGCGUGUCCCAAAGCUCUCUCGGACUCGACAUUUCCGUCAGCGGAUACAACGACAAGAUGCACAUCCUGCUGGAGAAGGUUCUCACAACCAUGCGAGACCUGGAAGUUCGCGAUGACCGGUUCAAUAUCGUGAAGGAGAGACUGCUCCGAGGAUUCCGCAACGCCGAGUAUCAGCAACCCUACUACCAGGUUGGCACCUACACUCGUUGGUUGGCGGCCGAGAAGGGCUACAUCAACGAAGACUAUCUCGCAGAGCUUCCGCACGUCACCGCCGAAGACAUCCGCCAUUUCUACCCUCAGGUUCUCAAGCAGACCCACAUCGAGGUUCUCGCACACGGCAACCUGUACAAGGAGGAUGCGCUCAAGAUGACAGACAUGGUGGAAAGCACCCUCAAGGCGCGCCCACUCUCGCCUUCUCAGUGGCCCAUCCGCCGCAACGUCAUCUUCCCCGAAGGCUCCAACUUCAUCUACGAGCGUACGUUGAAGGAUCUCGCCAACGUCAACCACUGCAUCGAAUACGCUUGCUCCGUCGGCAAUAACCAGAACCGUGACCUGCGUGCAAAGCUACUUCUCUGGGCUCAGAUCACCGACGAGCCUGCUUUCAACCAACUGCGCACCAAGGAACAGCUGGGCUACGUUGUCUUCAGUGGUACGACUCAGAGCGACACGUGGAUGGGCUACCGCAUUCUCAUCCAGAGCGAGAGAUCGCCAGACUACCUCGAAGGGCGUAUUGACAACUUCCUGCUGUAUGCCGGGAAGAUGCUGCAAGAGAUGCCAGAGGACGAGUUCGAAUCGCACAAGGAGGCCGUGAAGAACCGUCGGAACGAAAAGUUGAAGAACCUCACCCAGGAGACGAACAGGCUGUGGACGCACGUGUGCAGCGAGUGCUUCGACUUCGAGCUCGUCGACCAGGACAUCGCUCACGUCUCGCCACUCAAGAAGUCCGAUCUCAUUUCCUUCUUCGACCACUACAUUUCCCCGCACUCGGCGACGCGGGCCAAGGUGUCGGUCCACCUGCUCGCCCAAGCCUCGCCCGCCGCCAUCGCCAGCGCCGCGCAAGACACAACCAGCGCCGAGCAGCAGAUGUCGUCGCUCACCACGCUCGUCGUCCAGUUCCUCAACUCGGAAGGCGUGAGCCCGGACGCAACCGGCCUCGCCAACCGCCUCGAGGGCGUCAACGUCUCCGGCGGCGAUGCGCAGGGCAUCGUCAAGGCCAUCUCCGGGCACUUGCUCGAGGACCUGAAGGUGGAGCCGAAGAAGGCGGAGGAGGUGCUGAAGAAGGGCCAGGAGAUGAUGCUGAGCACGGUGUUGCCGGGCUUGGGCGUCAGCGUCACGGCGGCAGCCAGCAGCGGUGGGGAGGAGGAGAAGAAGGGCAAGGGCACAGCGCCGGUCAAGAUCACGGACGUCCGCGAUUUCAAGGCCAGCUUGCAAGUCUCUCGUGGACCGAGGGCGGUGAAGGAGUUGAGCGAGUUCGAGGAUUUGGAGUCGAAGCUCUGA